GUGCCACUCACGGUGGAGCAUGAAUCGUAACUUCCGUGAUGAGAGAGACACGAAUGCAGCGGAGGAUGGGGUCAGCCCACCUGUCAGUGCUGCUGACCAAGUCACAGCCGCCGAGGGUUAGGCAUCCACUGGGGGGUCUGGUUUGCGGAUUUCCGCGCUCGCGCGGCAUAUCUGGCACCAACCAGAACCUCCUCACCACACCACACCUCCAGCUUUCUCCUCGGUUAGGGGAUCAUCCACACCUGCCGAAACCCCGACCAAGAUGGGGUUCCAAACUCCAGAGGUUCCGUUGGUCCCAUCGCGUUCGCUCUGUAAUAUCUUUCGGUUAUUCGAGCUUUGGUUGCUCAUUUCUUCUAGGAGCUCCUUAGUUCGAUCACUCCGUCCUGUCACCUCGCUAGUGACCCAGGAUAACAAGUUCUUUAGUACGUUCUGCAGCCAUGGUUUCAGAUGCGGAAAUCGUUCGUAGACUCCGCGAGAUCUUAAACGAGGCGGAUCUUGAUGUGACGACAGAAAAGAGCAUCCGCAUGCAAUUAGAGCGAGAGUAUAACAUCGACUUAUCGGAACGGAAGAAAUUUAUCCGACAAGAAGUUCAAACAUAUCUGAACGAGAGACCUGCGUACGAUGACGAUGCUGGUCAGGAAGAGGAGGAGCCCCAACAUGAGGAGCCUCAUAAGCCUACUAGAAAACGCAAGGCCGCGAAGCUCACGAAGGAUGGAAAAGAGCCGAAGAAGCGUACGGGUGGUGGUUUGAUGAAAGUAUGCGGCCUUUCUGACGAGUUGGCUGCCCUCUUGGGAGCUCGAGAAAUGCCACGAACAGACGUGGUUAAGGGCAUCUGGAAUUACAUCAGAGAGCAUAAUCUUCAAGAUCCGGCAAAUAAGAGGAUUAUCCGCUGCGAUGGACCUCUAGGUCAUCUGCUGGGUACAGAGGUCACUGACAUGUUUCAGUUGAACAAACUACUGACGUGUCACAUCAAGUCACUCCCUGGUCCAAACGGAGAAAUGCCUCAACCAAAGAAGCCGAAAGCUGAACCGGGCGCGGGGGGUUCAAGAGGAGCAUUUGCGCAACCGCUUCCAAUGUCCCCUCAAUUAAUAAGGUUUCUAAAUUGUGGAGAGACUGAGCUGCCCAGAUCUGAGGUGGUCAAACGCGUGUGGGCUUAUAUCAAGGAGCAUGACCUUCAGGAUCCAUCAAAUAAGAGGAACAUCUUGUGUGAUCCGCCAAUGAAGGAGAUGUUUGGGGUGGAUAACUUUGUUGGUUUCUUGAUGACCAAGCUCUUGUCGCCACACUUUAUCAAGGCAACUCCACCAUCCCAUGACCAGCCUGCUGAGGACUCGCCUGGAGAUUCUGGUGAUGGAGGACAUGCAUAUUGAGUAGCCAUGUUGUACUGAAAUUGACAGUUAAUUUUGACAGGUUGUAAAAGUGAACCACCUGUUUAGGGUGGUCAGGAAUCCUGAAUCUGAAACAGGAUUCUAUUUAUCAGACUUUUUUUGUCUGAUUUUCUGAAUCUGGAAACUGCAACUCCUAUUAUGAAGACACGUUGUGUAUGAAGUUUUACAUAACUU